AUGUCGACCAAGACCUCCACCAACCUCCCAGACAUCCUCCUCAUUGGAGCCACAGGACGUACCGGCCGCCUCGUCCUAGACUCAGCGUUAAAGCGUGGCCACAAAGUCGUCGCUCUGAUCCGACCAUCCUCAUCUCUACCACCCCAAGCCAAUCUCACAGUCUCCAAAGGCUCUCCCCUGGAAUCGGCCGCCAUCACCACUGCUCUUUCCAAAACUACAGGUCCAGUCGUCAUUAUCAGCACACUCGGCCAAACUCGUACAUCCGGAAACCCUUUCGCCGCAACCACGUCUCCUCCACUCUUGAUGGCCCACUCAGCCAGCGCAGUGGUACAGGCAGCAAAAGCUCCAGAUUCCAGAGUGCAGAAACUCAUCCUGAUGUCGAUGUUCGGUACUGGCUCCUCCUUCGCCAACCUCAACUGCCUGAUGAAAGCCACCAUGCUCUACUCAAACAUGAAGCAAUCUCUUGACGACCAAAACGCUGUUGAUGAAAUCGUCAAAAACAGCGGUUUGACAUUUGUGAUGCCUAGACCUGCUAUGUUGAAGGGUGAGGUCGCGUUGCCGGUCAAGUCGCUGGGUGAUGCAGGAGAAAAAGCUGGGUUUAUGCCUUCUGUGAGUGCGCGCAGCUGUGCUGAAUUUAUGUUGGAUGCUGCUGUUAGUGGAGAGUGGGAUGGUAAGACACCUGUUCUCUCGAAUUAG